UAACUACUUCUCACUUCUCUCUUGUUAAUAUACAUUAACAUCAUAAAGAGAGAUACUUUAGUUUUGUGUACUUCUUCAAUGGAAAUGGGACUGCUUUCAAGGAUUGCUACAAAUGAUGGACAUGGAGAGAACUCUUCAUACUUUGAUGGAUGGAAAGCUUAUGAUAGUGAUCCAUACCACCCUGUUGAUAACCCUAAUGGUGUUAUACAAAUGGGUCUUGCUGAAAACCAGCUUUGUCAUGAUUUAAUGGUGGAAUGGAUUAAGGAACAUCCCACUGCUUCCAUUUGCACAAAAGAAGGUGCUUCUCAGUUCAAGGAUGUUGCCAUUUUUCAAGACUAUCAUGGCCUCCCUUCCUUCACCAAAGCUGUUGCACAAUAUAUGGAAAAAGUCAGAGGGGGAAGAGUCAAAGUCAAACCGGAGAGAAUUGUGAUGAGCGGUGGGGCCACUGGUGCUCAAGAAAUCAUAGCCUUUUGUCUUGCUGACCCUGGUGAUGCUUUUCUCAUCCCCACCCCUUUCUAUCCAGCAUUUGCAAGGGACUUUUGUUGGAGAACAGGAGUGAAACUUAUUCCGGUGCAUUGCAAAAGCUCAAACAAUUUCCGAAUAACAAGAGAAGCAUUAGAAGCCGAAUACAAAAAAGCCGAAAAAUCAAACACAAGAGUGAAAGGUUUGCUCAUAACAAAUCCUUCCAAUCCUCUUGGAACAAUGAUGGACAAAAACACGUUGGAGGAACUUCUUCAAUGGACAAACGAGAAGAAAAUACAUCUUGUUUGCGACGAAAUCUUCGCUGGGACCGUAUUCGGUCAAGGAGCAGAAUUCACAAGUGUAGCUCAAGUGCUAGAAGAAGAUACAUCGAAAACAAAGUACGAUCCAAAUUUGCUUCAUAUCGCAUGUAGUCUUUCGAAAGAUUUAGGAAUGCCGGGAUUUCGAGUUGGUAUAGUUUACUCGUACAAUGAUAACGUAGUGAAAUGCGGUCGAAGAAUGUCAAGCUUCGGCCUUGUUUCGACACAAACUCAGCAUUUGCUUGCACCGAUGCUGGCAGACAACAACUUCACUAGCAAACUAAUGAUAGAAAACUCGAAGAGAUUGCAUGAUAGGCAUGAGAAGUUUACGUCGGGCUUGGCCGAUGUCGGCAUAAAGUGUUUGUCAAGCAAUGCAGGACUGUUCUGUUGGAUGGAUUUACGCCGGCUUUUGGAAAGUAUAAGUGUGGAAGGUGAGAACAAGUUGUGGAGGAUUAUCAUUGAUGAAGUGAAACUAAAUGUGUCACCGGGGUCUUCUUUUCAUUGUACUGAGCCAGGGUGGUUUAGGGUUUGUUUUGCAAACAUGGAUAGUGAGACAAUGGAGGAAGCACUUGGAAGGAUAAGGAGGUUUGUUUUUAGGCUUGGUGAAGAAGAAGAGAAGAAGAAGAAGGAGAAGGAGAAGGAGAAGAAGAAGAAGAAGUUUGAGAGGAUGUUGAGUUUGCCAAAGAGGUUUGAUGAGAUGGUUUUUACUCCCAGGGGUAUUUUAUCUCCUCGUUCUCCUCUUGUCAAAGCCACUUGAUUUACUGCAUUCAUUGUACCAAAUUAGAUUGGAUAGUGUCAUGUGAAUAUGUAGAAUUAAUAACACAUGA